AUGUGCCGCGAUCUUGAGUCCUUCAUCAACGCGUCCAAGUCCCGGUGGCAGCCUGUCCCGCGCGGUGUCAAGCACUACUGCAAGCUGUGCAACAUGGGCCCCCUGGUCCCGAAGACAGUCGAUGCGCUUGGGCCCAACACUGGCCGAGAUGCGAUUGCGAUGCACCGCACGGAGGUGCACCCGCCAGCGCUGUCCCAGACACUGCGAGAUCGCCGCUCUUCAGUAUCGUACCUGGAGCCACGCACCCACGAGGAGGAACGCAUACAGCUGGCGGCUGCGAUAGCCGCAUCUCAGUCAGGUACCACACUCGACAGCAACACAUCCUCCCCCUCCGUCAAGCGUCGUAGGCUCCUCUCAUCCGAGGAGAACUCGGCCAACUCGAGCCCAUCCUCCAUAUCAGGGUCACCCUAUGCCAUCGUCCCACAGACUAAAGAGGAAGAGGAAGAACACCUUGCAACCGCCUUGGAAGCAUCGCAGGCAAGCUUUCGUUGCCGGUCACCCCACUCGACAUCCUCAGCUGGCGGCCCAUCUACAUCUAGUGUCUCCUCCCUUGGCUUCACCAACAGCUCUGCUAGCGAUUCCUCCGGUUUCUCUCGCUCGAGCACUGGCUUGCCCUCGUCCCUCUCUCCUGGCCUGGCUGAGGCUGCUUAUGUCUGGAACCCUGCUGUUCUCAACUACGUCCGCUCAGCUUAUGGCUCAUCUCGGUCUGGAUCGGUUGCAAGCUCAAAUCAAGAUGAAGGACAGGACGGGCAGGAUGUGAAGGGAAAAGGCAAGGCAGUUGUUAAGACAGAGUACUCGGAGCGUAUCAGUGACUUGGACAUCAUCGACUUGACGGUGGACGAGGAUUAG